UGUAUAUAAAAUAUCUUCGUCACCACUCAACUCUGUGUGCUGCAAACACGUUUCACCAACUCUCUCUCUCUCUCUCUCUCUCUCUCUCUCUCUCUCUCUCUCUCUCAAACAUACAGAUAUGGGUGUAAUAAUCAUCGACGGGUCCACCGUACGAGCCUUCGUGAACGACGAAACUCAGUUCAAAACCAGCGUCGACGCCCAGUUCGAUUCCCUCGAUGUCAACAACGACGGCGUUCUAUCCAGAUCCGAGAUGCGUAAGGCUUUUGAGUCCAUGAGGUUGCUGGAAGCUCACUUCGGAGUUGACACCGCCUUGCCCCCGGAGGAGCUUACCCGUCUCUACGAUUCUGUGUUUCUGGGCUUCGAUGAAGACCAGAACGGCACCGUUGAUCUGGAGGAGUUUAGGUCGGAGAUGAAGAAGAUCAUGCUCGCCAUUGCCGAUGGGUUGGGGUCUUCGCCGAUUCAGAUGGCGGUGGAAGAUGAUGAUCAGAGUUUUCUGAAAAAAGCAGCUGAUUUAGAAGCGGCGAAGAUAUCUGAGAGUUCUUAGAUCUGACGGUGGCACUAUUAGCUGUCAUUUUGUUGCUCGUACUCUUUGUUUAGGAAAAUAAUAUUUUAUAUAAUGGCAUGUUCGGAAAAAUACAAAUAUAUGAGAUAAAUUAAUUUAAAUGUUAGAACCUCAACUUUUGUUUAA